AUGGACCAGCAGCAUCAGCAUCACGGGGAGCUCAUUAGCAAUGCAGAGUUUGGGGCCCUGCCCCAGAGUCUGAACCUGCAGUUUAACCAGAUUCCCCAGGUGACUCACAUGCAGGUUAAGACUCUGGAAGAGCUGAGGCAGAAGCAUGGACAUUUCUGCCACUUGCUCAUUGUGUCUUUUGGAUGGGGACCGGCACCGCGCUCGGAGGUGAUUCAUCACCACGAGCCUUUCCCGGAUUUCCUGUUGGGCUUUGCAGCUGGCACCGAGUCCCUGCACCUGCAGGAUGAGCUGGGCCAAAAGUUAGAGGAAACUGAGGAGGACCGGAAGCUGCAGUUGUGGGUUGAAAAUUACCAGGAGCCCCGCCCACUCCACGUGGCCACCAUCCUGGAAGAGGCAGACUUGGUCUGGCUGUUCCAGGAGGCCCCAGCCGACCUCAGCAAACCAGAGCCUGGGUGCAGCCUGCCCUUGGCAGUGGAGGUCCACGCGGCUGACUUGCUGGAGAGUCUCCUGAGGGCAGGCUCAGACCCCGCUGUCGCCAUCCGUGGCUGUAUGCCAUGGGGCGGCACCACUGUCUGGCGCCACCCCAUCCUCUCCGGCCUCCUCUGCACACGCGGAGCCCCUGAGCCCGAGGAGGAGGGCAGCAAGCCUGGCUCCUGCAGCAGUGGCAACAGCGACAGUGACAGUGGGGAUGAGGGUGUGAGUCAGGAGGAAAGACGGGGUGGCCCAGCUGGGGAAUCAGGGUAGACCAGCAGGCAGGAAAGGGGAGAAGAGCUCCGGGGCAGAGCGUUGAGAAUGACCUUGGGCUGCCACAGUUGCAGCACUCGGGCUGCAGUCAGGACAGACCUAGGCAGGGGUAGUGGGAAGAAAUUAAGGCAAUGGCAGAGCUGGGACCCAGGCAGAAGUGUAGAAAAGAGCAUGGUUGUGGUGACUGGUAAACACAAGCAGUGGGAGGGGGCAGUGUGGGGUGACCUUGGGGGUCAAGAAUUAGAGAACCCGGGCUGUAGGAAGAUAACCUCGGGCAGCAGUGAUCAGACCAUGGA